AUGAUCUACGAAGUCGCCGCCGCCGUCGAUCACAUCGUCUCUCUCAUUCAGCACGUGGAGCGUGCUCAGCCCAUCCCUUCCGACGCUCUUGCCGGCUUUGCUUCCACGCUCAAGGACGCGCUCGAGAAGCGUUGUCAGCAAUGCUGGGAACCAGCUGAGCCCGAACGCGGCUCGGCGCUUCGGUCCGUUGCAUGGCAGCUCCACUCUGCGGGCGAAGGCGCUGACCUCGACCUCCUUCGUGCUUUCGCCUCGGUCGUCCAAGCUCAAUCCGGAGGCCAUGUCGUCGGCCCGCAUCAGCACGGCGUCGUGGCACUCGCUCUUCAGUGGCUUCCGCAGGCUUUCACUCUCUGGAUAGACCCUGGCUGCGUCGCUGUUCGUAUGGGCAGCGGUCCCGGUGCUGCCCGAUCCUCCUUCGACUUUGACCUCAUCAAAUCUGGCUCUGCUUUCACAUCCGUCCACGUCAUUUGGGGCCAGAUGGUCGCUCAGCCCGCUGACCGUGAGGCGCCCCUUCUCACUGUCAGCAGCGCUCCUCGUCCUGUUCCCAUUGUCAAGCCGACUGCCACCGUUGCUCAGCCACGAUACCCCACCAACCUCAUCAGCAACGCCCUUCCCACCAAUACCUCCACUGUUGCUUCACGACACUCUCGCUCCCUCUCUACCGCCUCUUCUGCUUCCAGCGUCUGCGGCGGUCUGGUUCGAAGCGUCAGCUAUUCGAGCACCGGUAGCUUCUCCACCGACGCCACCAGCCUCAGCGGUCUCGAGGCCGAGGCGGAUGCCGAGUCGGAAACCUGCCCCAGCCUUUGCUCGCCUUUUUCCUCGCUCGCUUCCAGCCACUGCACUCCGAGCAGCGACCUCGACCGCGAUUCCGUCCACGAUGUCACUGUUGGCGACACCACCGAGCGCUUUGCCGGUGUCCGCCUCUUUGCUGACGAACUCGAGCAGGACGAAGAUGCCGGUGAUGUCACCAUCGGCCUCGCUCCCAUGCUCGGCCUCGAGCUCUCCAAGGGCGUCACCAGCGCCAAGACGCCUGUCGCUGCCUCCACUCCCGUCAAGUGCAACUACACCACCCACGACAAUGGCAAUGUCGGCGUCUUGGGCGGCGGCGUUCGUCUAGGUGGCGGCAGUAAGAGCAACAACAGCGCUUCCGCUCAGCCUCCGCGACACCGUCAGCACUCGUCUUCGAAGAGCAUCAGCCACCUUCAGGGCGGACUCCACAAUCAGCUUCUUCCGGCGUUCAUGCCUCGUCCAGCUUAUCAGUCGAUGGCACGUCAGCCUCAGCACAUGAACGCGGCCAACUACAGUGCCCCGCUGCGAACAGUCCCGCUUCCUGUGGCUCCUCAUCCGCAGCAGCGUCACCUCGCUUACCAGCAGCAGCAGCAACAGCAGCAGUACCACGCUCCUCAGCCUCAGCACGGUGCGAUGGCAUACGCUCGCCCUUCGCAGCUGCCUGCACCCUACGGUUACCCUGCGGUCGCCCAACAGCAGCCGUUCAGCCACUACACCCCUCACCUCGCGGUUUCCUUCCCCUCGGUCGACUCUUCGCUUGUCGACGCUGAAGCCGAUGACGUUGAUCCUGCAUCUGGACGCCGACGUGUGCGCUCCCGGGGUCGCCGCUCGCGUGGUCGUGGUGCCGGUCGAGCUGCGCGUCGUCAAGCAGCCGCCCUUCGCGCCUCGGACCUCAGCACCACUGACGAGUUCUUCGAUGGCGAGGACGACGACGAGGACGACAUCUCGCGCUGCUCCACCCCAGCCACCUCGGACUACACCUCCACCGCCUGCUCGAGCAUCUACUCGAGUGCCACCUCGAGCCCCGUCAAGCAGCUCACCAAGAGUGGCAACCUGAGCAAGCGUGCAUCGAGGACCAACCUCCGAGCCGCCAUCGCCCAGAAGCAAACCGAGAUGGCUUUCGGUCAGGGACUCACCGCCGGCCUUGCCCGUCUCAUGGCCUGA